AUGUCAUUUUGCUUUCGAGUUUAUGCCCAAUUUGGUUCAAUCCCUGCAGUGCCUUUGUUGAGUCAUCUGCAGCCAUCACAGGCGGUAUGCCAGCAAUGAGCGGCAUGCAGCCAUGGGGGUACAGUGGCAUAACGCCAGGGCUGCUGUGGCACUCAUGGGAGCCACUGCUGAUCUGGUGAGUUUUUUUCUUUCUUAUUCUUCCUCUGCCGUUCCUUCCUCCCCUUCUUCCUCCGCUGGUGUGAGUUCCGGCCGACUUCUUAUAGGGCUCGUUAGAACCUAUAAAUCUGCCAAUUUGACGUGAUUUAGUGCCCCUAAGAAUUCAAUGGGAUCGUGAUUGAGCGAUUCUGAGAAGCACGGCUCCUCAUUUCAAUGUUGGAGAUUACGUGGAUGGGUUUUGUCAUCUCGUGAUCCGCUUCAAGAAAUCUGCUUUCUGUCAUAAUUUUUCAUAGACAAGCAAGCGAAAGAGAGGACAAGGGGGCAGACUGUUUGAGACCUCUCCCAAUAUGAACAUACCUCGAGCUUCCCCAUUGACUUUUACAGCAAAUCUUGCAUAAAUGACGCAAUGCUGAAUCCAUCAAUCCCAUUUAACUUUGGUGCUCAUCAAUCUUAGCUGCUGGCUCCUUGCAAGAUACAUGCAUUCAUUCAUGAUCCACCAGAUUUUUUUUCUGAAUUCAGUCUGAUGACGAACGCAUUCUGGGUUGAUCUAAUCAUCGUUUGGGUGUCAUCCUUGUGAUUGUUUUGUGCACGCCAUCUUUAAUGGGCAUGUAGUUCUUCUGCCUGUGUACAUGAGUCCUUUCAGGGGCCAUCUCCAGAAAUGGCAAUGUUUGCUCUUUAUAGUAUAUAAGCACGGUGCCCUUUAAGUCCUACUAAAAGUAUUGUAUUUCCUAUUUAGUUAGUCUCAUUGAAGCGAAGGAUAUCAACCUUACACACCUCUAAUAUUCUUCGAUUCUAUCUUUGUAGAUCCGCUGGGGAACCAUCCUCCAAUUCAUAUUCUUUCCCUUCCUUUCCCCUCCAUUAAAAACGCCUCCCCCCCCUCUCUCUCUCUCUUGGGGGGCACUGCUAGCCAUGAUCAUUCUCUCAUUCUCCUUUCCAUUUCCAUCAAUUCCCCUAUCUUCCAUAUCCGUAUCCCCUGAUCUCCCAUGUUCUAUGUUGAUUUUAUCCUUGAAGGGUUCCUAUGCUUGUCUCCUGGAAGGUUUUUUUUUGUCAAGUGUGGGGCCCACUGCAAUUGUGGACGGUUUAUGAGGGGCUUUGACUCCUCUUUGACUGUCAGCUGCUAA